UCACCUUCUCUGCAUAGUAUCCUUCUUUGUAUCUCUAUAUAUCACUCCAGCCAGCAGCGCACGAUGAGUACCUUAUCUCCGGCGGUUUUCUGUGCAGUGGUGGGUUUUGUGUUGGCGUCUAAGACGGAGUGGGCGGAGCCACAGCCCUGUGAGUCCGGCCAGUACACCAGCCGCGGUGAAUGCUGUGUGGAGUGCCCACCAGGAGAGGGCGUGGUGCAGCGAUGUGGAGCCUCUCAGACCGUCUGCAGCCAGUGCCUGGACAGUGAGACCUACUCGGAGAACUCCAGCCACACAGAGGAAUGCAGUCCCUGUACCAGGUGUACCGGCCUGAUGCGGAUGCAGACGCCCUGCACCGAUUCCAAUGAUGCCCUCUGUGUCUGUGACUAUGAAUAUUUCUUUAGUGAGCUAUCGGGCCGCUGUGAACUCUGUACGGUGUGCCCAGCAGGCCAGGGUGUGUUGGCACAUUGUGACCACCACCAUGACACGGUGUGCGAGGAGUGUGUGGAUGACACCUUCUCUGACAGGGACAGCUCCCUGGACCCUUGUCUGCCAUGCACCAUCUGUGAUGAGGGCAUCGAGAUAGAGCUGGCGGUGUGCACGGCUGUCAGCGACUCUGUCUGCCACAAUCCCCUCCUUCCCACAUAUGCAUCUCCCACCUCCGACCUGAGUCCGUCCCCUCCCUUCUUCACAGACCACUUCCCCCUCGAUGGUUCCAGCAGCCCUUCACCGGGCGGAGAGACCACCACCACCAGCCCCGGCUCCCCUCGUUUCCUUGGUCACGGCUUCAACGAAAACCUUAUCCCCAUCUACUGCUCCAUCCUGGCCGCUGUGGUAGUGGGUCUGGUGGCCUACAUAGUCUUUAAGAGAUGGAACAGCUGUAAGCAGAACAAACAGGCGGCUAAUAACCGAGCGGCCACAGCCAAUCAGACGGUAACGCCGGAGGGGGAGAAGCUGCACAGUGAUAGUGGCAUCUCGGUGGACAGCCAGAGUCUGCAGGAGCAGCAGGCCCAGGCUCAGGUCCAGGCCCAGCCCUCCCAGUCCCACACACAGGAUCAGAUAGGUAGGCCUGCCUUAAAUGAAUUCCCACCAUGUAUGAAGGUGUGCACACCCAACAGUUAA